CUACAUACAUCCUUCUUUAAACCAUCUACUUGAUACAACCGAACCCAAACUGCCAAAAUGCCACCAACCCCCCUAACAGCGACCUACAAAGAAAUCAACGGCACCAAAAUCACAACAGACAUAUACCUCCCCCCAUCGUUCUCCAACUCCGACAAUGCCCCUCACCACAAAUACCCCGUCUUAAUAAACAUCCACGGCGGCGCCUUCAUGCUCGGCCACUCGAGCCUGAUCUCUCUGCCGCAAGUCUCCGACUGUCUGGCCCGCGACUGGAUCGUCGUCGCCCCGAACCACCGGCUCUGUCCGCAGGUGAACAUCCUCGACGGGCCGGUGCAGGACUGUCGCGAUCUGCUAAGCUGGGUGUAUACAGGCGGACUGGAUGCUUAUCUGCGCGAGCAGGGUCAGGGUCAAGGUCACUCCCAGUACGAGUGCGUGGUUGAUGAAAACAAAGUCAUGGCGUUUGGAACGUCGAGUGGGGGGUUUUUGGCGCUGGCGUUGGGCUACGACACGCCCCGUCCACCGCGCGCCAUCCUCAACUUCUACGGCGCCAUCCACUUUACCCAUCCGUUCUGGUCCCAGCCGCUGCCUCACGUGCAGGAGAAGCUGCCGCCGCUGGACCCGGCGUUCAUACGACAGGUCUAUGACGAGACGCCGGUUCCUAUCGGGAGUGGGAUUUCGCUCGAGGGGCAGGGCCAAUCCCAAGGCGAAGGCGCAGGUGGAAGGGAAGGUGAGGGUAAACAGGCCGGACCGGAUUUCACACGCCCGCGCGACGCCUUCGCCCUGACGCAGAUCGCCAACGGCACGGUCCUAGCGGCGUGUUACCCUAACCGAGACGUGCGGGAGAUCGAUCCGAUCUGGCGCGUUGGGGAAGGGUUCCCCCCGACGUGUAUUGUGCAUGGCACGGCGGAUCGGAUGGUUCCCGGGUUCUUGAGCCGGGAGUUGCUGGGGGUGUUGAGGGCGAAGGGGGUCGAGUGUGAGAUGGUGGAUGUGGAGGGGGAGGAUCAUACGUUUGCGAUGGGGAUGCAGGUUGGGUCGAGGACGUGGGAGGUGCAGAGGAAGGGGUUUGAGUUUUUGGAGAGGGUGAUUGGGAGGGAGGAUUAG